AUGUCAUUAGUUGAAGAAGAUGAACAUGAAGAUAAUGUAUAUUAUUUAAAUCUAGAGAUGUAUGUAUUAUUAUUAUAAUAAUUAAAUUUUACGUAUUUGUUUGUACUGUAUUCUCUAACAGUUUCAAGUGUACCAGAUCCAAGUAUAAAUGAAGAUAAACAAUUAUUAAAAGAAUUUAAAGAAACAAAUAUAGAUUCCAUUAUAUGGAAUUCAAUAAUUUUAACUAGUUUAAAUAAAAUGUAUGGGUUAAUUGGAGAAUCGUCACCUUUUGAAAUACCAACUAUAAUAGACUCCAAAUCAAUUAUACUUAAAAUACAAAUUGAAGAUUUUGAAAAGUUUAAUAAUUCAUUUAUUAGUUAUAUAUUCAAUUUAUCUAAAUUCUAUUCGGCAUUAAAUAUAAAUUGUCAAAUUAGAAUCAAUAAAUUCAAUAAAUGA